GCAGGGAGUCCCAGCUCCAGCCCCGGCGUUUGCCAGCCCCACCUGAUCCCCGGCCGGAACCGAAGGCUACUGCCCGGGCCCGUCGAGCCUCCGCUCCGGUGCCCGCAUCCCGGAGUCCGGCUCGGCCGGUGGCGGCGCUGCAGGUGCCCCAGGGGCUGCCCACGCACCCACCACCUACGCAGCCCUCUGCUGGCUUGUCUUGGCCUCCCCGCCCUGGGCAGCGGCCACCAUGUUCUCCUGCGUGAAGCCCUACGAAGAACAGAACUACUCAGCCCUGAAGCGGGCCUGUCGGCGCAGGAAGGUGCUCUUUGAAGACCCCAACUUCCCAGCCACCGACGACUCGCUGUACUACAAGGGCACCCCGGGGCCUGGCGUCAGGUGGAAGCGGCCCAAGGACAUCUGCCAGGACCCCCGCCUCUUUGUGGACGGCAUCAGCUCCCACGACCUGCACCAGGGCCAGGUGGGCAACUGCUGGUUUGUGGCAGCCUGCUCGUCGCUCGCCUCCCGAGAGUCGCUGUGGCAGAAGGGGCGAGUGGCAGGGCAUAAGAAAGAGCACUGGGCAUCUCAGUCUUACAAGCUCAGCCCAGCCCACCUUACCACCAUCCCUGCCAACCCAGCUACCGUGGCCUCCCGCCUGGGCACCAAGGCCGUGCUGCAAAGACGGGGAGGGCCCAAGCCCACUCGGCUCCUGGACCGCGGCAGAGGCAGCAGCAGCACCUGGACCAUGGCGGAGGACGGGCCGAAGCAGCCACAGAUCAGCAUGCCGCUGGUCCUGGAUGAGGCCCUGACCAAGCAGAUGCGGCUGCGCGUGGAGAGCCUAAAGCAGCGCGGGGAGAAGCGCCAGGACGGGGAGAAGCUGCUGCGGCCGGCGGAGUUCGUGUACCGCCUCGACUUCAUCCAGCAGCAGAAGCUGCAGUUUGAGCGCUGGGACGUCCUGCUGGACAAGCCGGGCAAGGUCACCAUCACGGGCACCUCCCAGAACUGGACGCCCGACCUCACCAACCUCAUGACGCGCCAGCUGCUGGAACCCGCGGCCAUCUUCUGGCGCAUGGAAGGCUCGGAUGCCGUGGAUUGGAACGAGGCCGACGCCCUGGAGUUCGGGGAGCGCCUGUCGGAACUGGCCAAGAUCCGCAAGGUCAUGUACUUCCUCAUCACCUUCGGCGAGGGCAUGGAGCCCGCCAACCUCAAGGCCUCCGUGUGUGAAGGGUUUAGAGUGGCUGGGGAGCAUGAGCUGGGAAUUCUUUCCACGUUGCUCCCCAGGCUGGCGGGCUGUUACCAGGCCCUGGAUGGAGGCAACACGGCGGAUGCGCUGGUAGACUUCACAGGUGGCGUUUCUGAGCCCAUCGACCUCACCGAGGGUGACUUUGCCAAUGAUGAGGCCAAGAGGAACGCACUCUUUGAGCGCAUGCUGAAGGUGCACAGCCGGGGAGGCCUCAUCAGUGCCUCCAUCAAGGCGGUGACAGCGGCAGACAUGGAGGUCCGCCUGGCCUGCGGCCUGGUGAAAGGCCACGCCUAUGCCAUCACCGACGUGCGCAAGGUGCGCCUGGGCCACGGCCUGCUGGCCUUUUUCAAGUCCGAGAAGCUGGACAUGAUCCGCCUGCGCAACCCCUGGGGCGAGCGAGAGUGGAACGGGCCGUGGAGCGACACCUCAGAGGAGUGGCGGAAGGUGAGCAAGAGCGAGCGGGAGAGUGGUGUGACUGUGCAGGAUGAUGGCGAGUUCUGGAUGACCUUCCAGGACGUGUGCCAAUACUUCACCGACAUCAUCAAGUGCCGCCUGCUCAACACGUCUUACCUGAGCAUCCACAAGACCUGGGAGGAGGCCCGGCUGCGCGGGGCCUGGACGCGGCACGAGGACCCGUGGCAGAACCGCAGUGGGGGCUGCAUCAACCACAAGGACACCUUCUUCCAGAACCCACAGUACAAGAUGAGGAGAAUGAACUCCAUCCAUGCAGCGGCCUAACAGUCCACUCGUCGGGACGGGCAGGGCGAAAACCUGGGGCUGGGGGCUCUGUGUGACCUCUGCUGCCUGCAGGUGGAGGAGAACCGCCAGUACCGGAUGCACAGCCUGCAGCACAGGGCCGCCAGCUCCAUCUACAUCAACUCACGCAGCGUCUUCCUGCGCACGGACCAGCGGGCGGGGCGCUACGUCAUCAUCCCCACCACCUUCGAGCCAGGCCACACUGGCGAGUUCCUGCUCCGAGUCUUCACUGACGUGCCCUCCAACUGCCGGGAGCUGUGCCUGGAUGAGCCGCCCCGCUCUUGCUGGAGCUCCCUGUGCGGCUACCCCCAGCUGGUGACCCAGGUGCAUGUCCUGGGGGCUGCUGGUCUCAAGGACUCCCCGACAGGGGCUAACUCUUAUGUGAUCAUCAAGUGUGAGGGGCACAAAGUCCACUCAGCCAUGCAGAAGGGUACCUCGACGCCUGAGUACGAUGUAAAAGGCAUCUUCUACCGCAAAAAGCCAGGCCAGCCCAUCACUGUCCAGAUCUGGAACCACCGAGUCCUGAAGGAUGAGUUCCUGGGCCAGGUGCAGCUGAAGGCUGACCCCGACGACCUCCAGGCCCUGCACACCCUCCACCUCCGGGACCGAGACAGCCGGCAGCCCAGCGACCUGCCGGGCACCAUUGCCGUGCGCAUCCUCAGCAGCGCCACCCUCACGGCUGUCUGAUGCCCGUCCGCCUACCUGGCCCCCACAGUUCUCACCACCGUCUGCAUGUCCCCUGCCAGGGAUUAGCCUGGGAGCUAGGACGCCGGGGUCCUUUUCCCAACUUUUCCACUGACGCGCUGUGUGACCGUGGGGGGUCUCUGGCCCUCUCUGGGCCUCAGUGUCCUGAGGACCCCACAGCAUUCCUUUCUCACGGAGAAGUCUUCUUGCCUGAGAUUUAAAUAGCCCUCCCUUCCCCAGCUGUUCCCAAGGCUAAGGGACUCUGUCCGUUGAAAAUGUUUCCCCAAGGCCCUGCUGUCAGCCCACGGAGUGCCAAGAUGCCACUUGUUUACACACAAACUGCCAUCCCCCGAGCCCCACUCUUGCCCCAAUUCCUGCAACGGCCCCCGUGCCCCGGACAUCGCUUUCUCUGUCACCAAAACUUGACUUUCUGGCCACCUUGAAAGGGCUCGUGGCCUCGGCUGGGCUCCUGCUCCGGCUGGAAUUUGGGAACAUGCAGGUGACAUCUGUUCAUU